GUGUAAUUGGUUAUUGAUGAAAGGCUAUCGGGGACAGGGAAUAACCUACUUUGAAUUAAGGAGAAAAUCGGCUUUAAUAACAGGUAGUUGAAGUGAGUGAGAACGGAUCAGCCUCACUCAAAGGAAGUUUCUGAGAUGGAAGCAGCUCACAUCAGCCCAGAGCUUCCUAUUCGAUGGGUUGUUUCUGCAGACAGGACUGUUGAGAUCAAGGAGGAAGUGACUGAGCUGGGGUGUGACCAGGCCAAUGAGCGGAUCCUGCAGGAGGAAACGCCACCUGCUAGCAUCACUGAGAGAGGUACCAAUAUGAAGCUUCCUGAACUGAAGCCUGUCCCUGUUAAACCAGAAGUAAUCAAGCUUGAGCCUUUAUUAAAUGAAGGAAAGGAAUCUCUUGACAUGUAUGCUAAUGGAGAAGAGGGGACUGAGCUGGGUUCCAUUCAGAGGAAACAUCACAUCUCCCAGCAAGAGGCUAUCCAAAUACAUCCUUCAUCACAACAUGAACCAAGGUCACCUUCACCCUGUGGGACAACAACAUUAGAAAAAACACACCAUCAAAUUCACACAGAAGAUAAACCAUACCACUGUAAUGUUUGUGAGAAGAGUUUCACUCAGGUAGGAACACUAAAACAACACCAGCAAAUUCACACAGGAGAGAAACCACACCAGUGUUAUGAAUGUGGGAAGUGCUUUGCUGUAUUGGGAAAACUUAAACAACACCAGCAAAUUCACACAGGACAGAAACCACACCAGUGUAAUGAUUGUGGGAAGCAGUUUGCUGUAUUGGGAAAACUUAAACACCACCAGCAAAUUCACACAGGACGGAAACCACACCAAUGUAGUGAGUGUGGAAAGAGCUUCACUGAAAUAGGAAAUCUUAAAAAACACCAGCGAACUCACACAGGAGAGAAACCACACCAGUGUACUGUAUGUGGGAAUAGCUUUACUGUAUUAGGAAACCUUAAACAACACCAGCGAAUUCACACAGGAGAGAAGCCACACCAGUGUAGCGAGUGUGGAAAGAGCUUCACUCAAUUACAAAGUAUUAAAAAACACCUCCGUAUUCACACAGGAGAGAAACCACACCAGUGUAAUGAAUGUGGAAAGAGCUUCACCGAAAUAGGGAAUCUUAAAAAACACCAGCGAGUUCACACAGGAGAAAAACCACACCAGUGUAGUGAAUGUGAGAAGAGCUUUGCUGAAUUAGGAAACUUUAAAAAACACCAGCAAGUUCACACAGGAGAGAAACCUCACCACUGUAUAAGUUGUGGGAAGAGCUUUACUCGGUUAGGAAGCCUUAAAAAACACCAGCGAAUUCACACAGCGGUGAAACCAUAACCAUUGUGCUGAAUGUAGGGAAAGGUUUGAUUUGGUGGGACACCUUAAACCACCAGAAAACUCAUGUAGGAGGCUGUGUGGUCCAGUGGUUAAAGAAAAGGGCUUGUAUCCAGGAGGUCCCCGGUUCAAAUCCCACCUCAGCCACUGACUCAUUGUGUGACCCUGAGCAAGUCACUUAACCUCCUUGUGCUCCGUCUUUCGGGUGAGACGUAGUUGUAAGUGACUCUGCAGCUGAUGCAUAGUUCACACACCUCUCUGUAAGUCGCCGUGGAUAAAGGCGUCUGCUAAAUAAACAAAUAAUAAUGUAGGACAGAAACCCUGUAACUGAAGAGAUGAACUUGUUUGAAUCAAGUGAAAACAUUUAAAUGUGAUGAAAACAAACACAUUUUUUGUCAUACUAUUCAAUACUUAAGUAUAUUGGAAACUAGUAAAACACAUAUCAAUAGUAUUAGUCAUUAUACACGCAGUACCUUGAAAAUGUUAUUUAAACAUGGUAUGCUGGAAUUCAGUAUUGUUUAACUGCAUUUAAAACAUGUAUCACACUGGCUUGAAAGACAUUGAAUUUCAAAGUUAUUUUUAUGAUUUUAUGAUUGUAUAACUAAUUAAUUUAGGUGGUAGAAUAUAUACAAGAAAACAGUUGAGUAAAUCCAUAUGAACUGAAGCUCUCCCAACUAGUAUAGAUUACAAAAAAAGCAACAAUAGUCAUAAUAUGUGUUGUACAAAAAGAAAAAAAUGACUUGGAGGAGUUCAUUGAAGUGAACAUGUUUUUGUGAAACAGUACCAGGCCAUAAAACUCACAAGAGCUGCUGCAUUCCUGUAGGUUCAUACACAUUCGUGUCGCUGGCACUGAAACUGUGGAAUUAGCUGCCACCAUCUGCAGGAGGUACCACACAUAAGACCAGCAAAAGAACAGGAGAUAUUUGACACAUAAAUUAAAUAUUACACUUCAUGAAAAGUCAUAAGACUGGAUUCUGGAAUGGAAAUGGAAACACAGUCAUUUUUAUAGUAAAUACCAGUGGUAUACCCCUCCUACUAGCCAGCCUGUGUUUUUACUUCCUUUCCCAUUGGAAAGGCUGUGCAUUUGAGACCACAUAGUUCUCAUGAGAGUGUGCUAGCGACAGUACAGUAGGAGUCUCUGAUAGUAUCUGGCAGAUACAAAGUGAACGCUAUGAAUGAAACACAAUCGACAGCGAUGGAAACGAGUUCAGCAUCACCCUACAGAAUAACUCAUUGUGCUUCAUAAAGUCGAAUGAAACCAGCCGAACAAUGUUACGUUAACAUUAUAAAUUACAUAUCACUUUGUAGUUCUCUAUAGUACUUAACGAAAAACUGACAAAUUGAAAAAGGUGGCAUUUCGAAAUCUAACAUGAAAUACUACUGUCCUGCUUCUGUUUAGACUUUUGCAAUAUCAUUUUGUAGUUUCUUUGAUUACAUAAUGUUAAAUAAAAGAUCUAAAUUAUGUUCAUACAUAGUGUUGUUAUUAUUUUUAAAUUGUCUCAAUCCUAAUAUUAUAUGUUAUUAGUAUUUAUUUCGUAGUAGAUACCCUUAUCUAGGGCAACUUACAAUUGUUAUAAGAUACCACAUUAUUUUUACACACAAUUACCCAUUUAUACAGUUAGGUUUUUACUGGAGCAAUCUAGGUAAAAUACCUUGCUCAAGGGUACAGCAGCAGUGUCCCCCACCUGGGAUUGAACCCACGACCCUCCAGUCAAGAGUCCAGAGCCCUAACCACUACUCCACACUGCUGUGAUGCAAAACUUUUGGCCAUAGGUGUACAACAGUAUUAGCAGCUAAAAUCAAGUGAAAUUCCAGUAGUGUGCAUUUUGCAGGUGUCAAACUUUCCCUUCUCUAUGGCUAAUAAAACAGUCACGAGUAAGUUUAUUUGGAAAUACACAAUUAAGAUCCAAUUUCCAUACCUUCCAUACUGUUUGGGUUUUGAGUACUGGUGCUAUCGUGGUUUGUGCAGAGCUUAUUAGUCUGUUGAUGUACUGGUGACUAAAAAGUGUUAAAUUGUGCGAUCCAAGUCAGCCUUACAACACGUAAAAUGUUUCUGCAGAUCACAUUAUUAAUAUCACUGUUCUGUUGUGAUGAUGCAAACUGCAUUGCUCGUACUGCGCUCACCUGUGACUCAAGGCUGCUGAGUACCUGCCACUUCUCCCACUGUUCACCUGUUAUAACCGCACCGCGUGCAAAAUGAAGUUUUUAUUUUUCAUUUGAAUUCACUUGAAAGAGAAAGCACAGAGAUUUAUUUUUUCUUGUGUUUCAAGCUGGUUUGCAACAAGUGGUUUUGUUUUUGCGGUGGUGAAACACGAUGUUCGGGUCUGCUAACACAGACAUACAAGAAUGCAUGCAGAUCUCAGAUGUUAUUUUUAUAAUGGGAGCUAUUACGCCUCUAUAAAUGGUCUAGCUAUGUGUUUUCGGGUAUGGAGUCAUAAAUGCUAUUUAUAUAUUCUGAAAUGCAAUUAACUGUACUGCACAUUCACAUUUAGUAGCAACAUAUUGAUCAUUUCCUCAGUGAAACAACAAUACAGUUUACAAGAAACUGUGAAUAAACAUGUAGAUGUUAUAAAACUAUAUUAAUAAGAGUUAUAACUUGAUGAGCACAACUCAAGUGACACCAGCAGCCUUUGAGGCGGGGGUUAUUGUCCAACAACUAUCUAGGAGAAGAUAUUUGAUUACACCCAAAUAUGGGGGUAUACAAUUAUCAAAUGAAUAGAUUGUCUUUGUUCUGUGACCUAAAAAUUCAAGGAACCAUCUGUCCAGAUCCAUGCUGCUGAAUAUAUAUAUAUAUAUUCUUAUAUAUUCAUGCUGCUGAAUAUAACAUUCAACCCCCCUUCUUCGUCUAAAAAUAGUUUUGGUCCAGGAUUGACCAUAACUGACCUACAGUAGCCGGUCUGUUCUGUGUUUUCAGACUAGUUAAACGUGACGAAACUACUUAUUAAAAACAAAUGUACAUCCUGCAAAAAUUGCACCACUAGCAUGUGUGUGUCCUGAAGCGUCGUUAGUAACUGAAGAGUUGAAACAGUUGCUCUGAUUUGGUGUAGGAAUGUUAUUACUAGGCAUUGUGGGAAUGCUAAUGCAGUUACUGAACAUGUUACCAAUCACAAGGACUAUGAUUUCCCAUUGUUUUGUUUGUUGAAAUCUAAAAUUAUGUUUGACCACCCUACUACAAUCCUUUCAAGACAAUCAUGAUUAUCAUGAUAAUUGUUAGUCAAUAAUCAAUAGUUAAAAAUAAAUCAAGAUGGUGAGCACACCUUUAACCCCUUUACAGCCCAGCGUUUCUGUCAGACGUCACCCCACAGCCAAGCAUUUUAUGACCGAUUUUACCACAGUCUUGUGUUGCUAUAAAAAAGUUAUUUGGAGACAGUAGAGUGAAAAAUGAUUUUUUAUUUCCAGACCCUUGCUAGAACACACUACCACAUUUUCA